AUGGAAGAGGGGGUCACAUAUGCCGAUCUGCGCUUUACCCCCCCACCAGCUCCUCAGCAGCCGGUGCGGCUGUCCUGGUGCUGGGCAGCCCUCAGCCUGUCUCUCCUUUCCUUGAUCCUCCUGUUGGCGCAGAUUGUCCUCGCUGGCUUGAGCUUCCACUAUUUAGGACAACAGGCAAGCUGCACCCGGAGCAUGGAGGAGAGUCCCAGCUAUGUGCAUCAGGCACUGCAAGGGCGAUGCCAGUUCUGCCCGGCUGGGUGGCUCUGGGAUGCGGGGCAGUGCUACUACUUCUCCUCUGCCAAAAGGAGCUGGCAGCAGAGCAGAGAGGACUGCUGCUCCAGAGGAGCACAGCUGGUCACCAUCCGAGCCAACACCACCUUGGCUUUCCUGGUGCGCACAGCCAACAUGGAGGUCUUCCAUGUGGGACUGAAGCAGGAUGGCCUGAGAUCUGACUGGAAGUGGCUCGAUGGCACUGCACUGAAGGGGCUCUUCCCAGUCCAGCGCUCCACCAGCAGCUUUGUGGCCUGUGGCAGGGUGUCAGCCUCGGGGCUGUCAGGUGGUCUGUGUGGGGAAGCCCUUGGCUGGGUCUGCGAGCAGAGUGCAGCCACCCUGCAGUGGCUCCGGUCGUCAUCCCCUGCAUUCCGAUGGGGAAAUAUCACCUACACCUGUGUGGGGCCCUGA